CUUCACAGGAAAGCAGGAGGACUUUUUCCAUGACACAAUAGUUAAAAAUAACUCCAGUAGGCAAGUGUUUUGCUUUGACCACUGCUUGCACUUGUCUGGAAAAGCACAUUUUCUAUGUAUGUGUAUGUAUAGGAUUAUGUUUUAUGGUUAGUUUUUCCAUCUUAUAGAUAUGUGUCACUGCUGCAUGAUGCUCAGCCCCAAAAUUUCAUUCAGGCUUCAAUUCCAUGAAAAUCAAAUAUUGAAAGUAAAGUUGAAGUUGACAGUCAUUAAGGCAGCGAGGAUCACAAACAUUUGCUGCCUGUCACGUGGCACAAGCUCUUAAGUAUCUUUGUCUAGCUAUGUAAUGUUUGCAAGUCUGGGAGACGUCAUUGUACAUACUUGCUUAGGGCGAAUACCUUCUACACUACUAGUAUUGCAUGUGUAGUGGGAAAUCUACUUCAUAUUUCCAUUUGAUGCAGGGGCAUCAAAACACUACUAAUUAUAAUUGUUGUUAAAUGCAAUGACGACAGGGUACAGUAUUCUGUGUUUCACAGGGCCCUGAAUCUCCACUUUACAUCCGUUGUGGCUCCAAAGCCGUUUCAAUGUCUGCAAAUCCUGCUACUAUCAAACUGUAUAGCAACAUGUGGCACUCACUACUCAAUGUUUGUUUAUUUUAGAAUGGAAACUAGUCGUGAAAACACCAACGCCUGUGGGACAAUCUGUCUGAAGUAUGUGCUCUUUAUAUGUAACAUUCUUUUUUGGCUGGCCGGGGGUGCAGUGCUGGCCGUGGGUGUGUGGACUCUGGUGGAGAAGAGCGACUACAUCAGUCUACUGAACUCCAGCUUCUACUCAACGUCUGCUUACAUCCUGAUUGCUGCCGGAGUCAUUGUGAUCGUGACCGGCAUCAUUGGAUGCUGUGCCACCAUGAGGGAGAUGAAGAGUCUUUUGAUUGUGUAUUUGGUCCUGCUACUGUGUGUGUUCCUGCUGGAAAUCAUUGCAGGCGUCAUGGUGUAUGUUACCUACCAAGAGUGUUUCCCUUUCUGCCAUCAGUUAGACGAGGAGCUGAGACAGAACCUGAAGGUGACCAUGCAGCAGAAAUACCAGCAACCUGGAGAAGACAGUGUCACGCAUGCUGUGGACAAGCUCCAUCAGGAGUUCCAGUGCUGUGGAAGUAACAGCUCCUCAGACUGGAGAGACAGCGUAUGGAUCCAGGCUGCACAGGACAAGCAGCUUGUUCCUGACAGCUGCUGCAAGACUCCCAGCAGCCUCUGCGGCCGCAGGGACCAUCCCUCCAAUAUCUACAAGGUGGAGGGAGGCUGCAUCAUGAAAUUAGAAGACUUCAUUCUCUGUCAGCUCUACAUUCUGGGUGCAUUGGGCAUCGGGAUUGCCUUUUUACAGCUAUUUGGGAUGAUGUUUACUUGCUGCCUUUAUCAAAACUUGAAAGAUGAGCCAUAUUGAUGUUGGACUAUUUAAGAGGCAUGACUAAGUGUGUGGUUUGAGGCUUAAGUGCACUCAAUUUGCAUAAUUUUUCAAUCCCGUUGGACUUUUAAAUCAAUACAAUACCCCCACUUAAGGUUCUGUUAUACUGCUGGGCAGUCAUGAUUUUUCUCACUGUCUUGUCAUGUCAAAGGUAAUGCUGUUAAAGCAGACAAAUGUAAGCUUGGUGCAGCCAUAUUCUCAAAGUACUGUUCCUGUUGUGUGGUUUAAAUACUACAUAAAACAGUGUAUAAUGUAUACAAAUACAUAUUGUAUUUUGGUUUGACUGCAUGUUACGGAGCAUGUCAUACAGUACACACAAUUUUAUGAAGUUGGUUGACAAGCCACAUCAUAAAGGCAGUCCAUUGUCUUGUUAACACAUUUUGCCGAAAAAGAAAACACAUUUUUGGCAAUAAAAAGUUGCAAAUAUUUCACGUAUUCAUCUCAUUUCCACCCCCUGCUGACCGAUCUAAAUAAUGCACCGAACUCGUCACGCUGGUAAGUUUUAGUUUUAUUAUGAAAAUCCUUAGGCGGAUGCUGUCAGGUGACCGCACUUCCCCGUCACACGACUUCCGGUUUGUUUCCAACAUUUUAUUAACGUUUCAACAUUCCAUGUCAACGAAUUUUUGCAAUAGAAAUGUCUGCAAAGCCGACUUGUUUGAUUGUGUUGAGCGCUUCUUCUCAGGGUGCGUUUUCAACGUUUGACAAGAAAAGCAUUCUGUUUGGGUUUAAUCAUGUAUGGAAAUGAUUCUAACGCGUUUUGUUCAAUGUAGGGGUGUCGGCAAAGUCUUUCCAUCAGUGCUUCAGUCUUUGCUCCUCCGUUUUUAACCUCCAAACAGCCACGCCUGCGGGGAAGCCUAUAGACUUUUUUGAAGUUGAUGAGAGCACAUCUAGAUGGGUGCAGGACUUCAACAUAAAACCCUACGCCACUCCUGCCAAACUUGAAUCUAUCGAUGGUGCCCGCUACCAGGCUCUGCUCAUCCCCGACUGCCCGGGAGCGGCCAAUGACCUGGCACACAGCGGUUCUUUGCACCGCAUUCUGUCACAUUUCAUCUCCCAGCAAAGUCAGUGAAGAGUCUUGUGAAAGUGUCUACCUUCUAUGUGUGUACAGUAUAUGUAUGCAGAUUGUGUUGUGUGCAGAGCCUGUGUGUGCAGUGGGACAGGGAGUGUCUGCACUCUGUUGUGCCACAGAGGGUCACAGGUGGAUCUUCAAUGGCUACAGUUUGACUGGGGUAUGUUUUACUUCACCGUACACCAUGAGGGGACUACUGGGGAAGUUGG